UCAAGCCGACGUUCUUUUGGUUUUUCGACAACGUGGUUUGCUCUUCGUGCCGAAAUAAAAUACAUUUUAGUUAAAAUGGGGCGAUAUGCGCGUGAACCGGACAAUGCCACAAAGUCCUGCAAAUCCCGUGGCUCGCACCUGCGUGUGCAUUUCAAGAAUACCCACGAAGCGGCGAAUGCCAUCAAGCAUAUGCCUCUCAGACGUGCUCAGCGUUUCCUGAAGAAUGUCAUGGAGAAGAAGGAAUGCGUACCCUUCCGUCGUUUCAACGGGGGCGUCGGUCGGUGUGCUCAGGCUAAGCAGUGGAAGACCACCCAGGGACGCUGGCCAAAGAAGUCCGCUGAAUUCCUCCUGCAGCUGCUCCGGAAUGCUGAAUCCAAUGCCGACUACAAGGGUUUGGAUGUUGACAGGCUGGUAAUUGACCACAUCCAAGUGAAUCGGGCCCCAUGCCUCAGGCGCCGCACAUACCGAGCCCACGGUCGCAUCAACCCCUACAUGUCGUCUCCAUGCCACAUUGAAGUCAUCCUCACGGAGAAGGAGGAGGUUGUGGCCAAGGCGACAGAUGAGGAGCCCACGAAGAAGAAGCUGUCCAAGAAGAAGCUUCAGCGACAGAAGGAAAAGAUGAUGAGGAGUGAAUAAACUCCCAAAUAAAAUGCAAGUUGGGAAAUAAAAUACAUUCACUUAUAAAGAAAA